AUGAGCGGGAGCUGGCAGAGCUGCUCUGAUCAGUCAUCACAGCGUGUGGCGGAGUGGGUUCGGGAGGUGUCACGCCAGCAGUCGACGACUCGGUCGAGCUCCUCGGGAGCACCAUGCUCGCGGGUAAUGCCCCCACCGCCGCAUCGUCCGUUACCGCGGUGUCGGCGAUCUGUCUCGGGCUCGGAGAAAACGCUGGCGCCCAAAAGAACGAUGCCGCCGCUGCGCCCAGGUGCACCAGUGCCACUCGAGCGCGUGGCGAUUAUCGUGCAUGGUGGUGCAUGGUCGAUACCGAACGACCGCACGGAUGCUUCGCUCGUUGGGGUUCGGCGGGCCGCCCUAGCGGGGCAUGCGUUCCUCUUACAACCAGAUAAUCACCACGCUGCGCUAGACGCCGUCGAGGCCGCUGUUAGGACCAUGGAAGACGAUCCCGUGUUUGACGCCGGCCGUGGAUCGGUUCUCAAUGAGGAUGGACAAAUUGAAAUGGAUGCCGGAAUCAUGGAGGGACGCUUCCUACGCUACGGUGCUGUGGCCGGCCUCAGCGGCUGCGUGCGUAAUCCGAUCUCUGUUGCUCGUGCUGUCAUGGAACGCACUGAGCAUUGCCUGCUCGUGGGCGCCGGCGCGGAUCGUUUUGCGCUGCAUUGCGCUGCUGAGGGCUUAGUGGAAGCUGUUCAGAAUGAGCGUGCCGAGCUGAUGACGCCGGAAGCGCUUGCCGAGUGGAAACGUCAUCGGCACUUUCGCUCCGCCGUUCGAGGUUGGUUUGGCGGCAGCUUCUCGACGGUGGCGUCGCGGCAUCCGUCAACGAAUGGGAGUCUGUCCCGAUCGAAAGCCCCCACAAGCAGAGAAAAAGCGGACUCUGGCAGUCGUUUUCGAUCAACAGGCACAGUGGAGCAGAGCCAAGUCGAGCCGUAUGCAAACCUGGGCCACGACACGGUCGGUGCAGUGGCGAUCGAUAACUUUGGUAAUGUUGCGGCCGCGACUUCCACUGGUGGCAUUACCUCCAAGAUGGUUGGUCGUGUGGGCGACGCGCCACUUAUCGGUUGUGGCUGCUACGGCGAUAACGCAAUCGGAGCAGUAUCGGCGACGGGGCACGGCGAAUCCAUCAUGCGCAUCAUGCUGGCAGCCCGCGUGUGCUCGCUGCUGCAGGCAGGCCUGAGUGCUCAAGAAGCUGCUCGCGAAGCGCUUCGCCAUAUGGACGCCCGCGUCGGAGGCCGUGGCGGCGUUAUUGUCGUUACCAAGAGCGGUGACCUUGGCGUCUCUUUCACCACGGAUCGCAUGGCCUGGGCCUCGAUCAGCGACGGUGUCAUGCGCUCAGGCAUCGACGAAGAUAUGAGCGAUUGCCUAGAGAGUCGCUUCAGAAAUGACUCGUCAUUCUCCCGAUAG